UCUCCAGAUCAGCCGCUCAAUUCGUUCAGCCUCGCCAGCCAGCCUUCAAGCCAGCCAACCAGAAGAUCAAGAAUCAAAGCCCUUUCUUCUGCCACCAGGACCGACAGCUGUCCCCCUGGAAGCUCUUGAUGCAACUUAUCUGACAUUCUGUUUUGUUUCUGCAUGAUCCCAGCCUUUUGCUGCUUCGCCACUGUACUGUCAUAGAGUUGUCCCGCUUCGCCUCUCGCUGAACCCCGCAGAUCUUCUCCUCAGGCAUUACAGCUGAUUGAUCUCUAUAACUGAGAGACUACAGCUGCUGUUCUGCCUUUUUGGGUCGUGUCUUGACUGUCCUCUCUGAAGACAUCUGAACUCCAACCAGAGGCCCUCUUCUCUUCUUCCAGUUCCAGAACUUAGCCGGCUCAACAUUCUGAAAUCAGUGCUCCGCUGAAAGAACACCUUCACAUCUGACACCUAAUCAGCUCCCAUCAUGCCUCACUCCUUCCAGCAGAAGCAAGCCCAGCAGAUGCUGCUCCUAUGUCAGGGUGUAAAUCUGAGGAGGGAGGAGGCGGGACAGCCCACUGUCUGGAGUCACCACAAACAGAGCUACCCAGAGUUCGAGAAAAUGGCUUGUGCAGCGGACAGCUGCAUCCAGUUCACGCGUCACGCCAGCGACGUGCUGCUCAACCUCAAUCGCCUGCGCAGCCGAGACAUCCUCACAGACGUUACCAUCCUGGUGAACAGGCAGCAGUUCCGUGCCCACAAGACCGUCCUCAUGGCCUGCAGCGGGUUGUUCUACAGCAUCUUUACAGACUCUCUUAAGUGCAGUCUGAAUGCUAUUAGUCUGGACCCCAAGGUGGACCCGGAUGGAUUUGCCAUCCUGCUGGAGUUCAUGUACACCUCCAGGCUGUCUCUGAAGGAGAGCCUGAUCAUGGCCAUCAUGAACACUGCGAUCUACCUACAGAUGGACCAUGUCGUGGACACCUGUCACAGAUUCAUCAAAUCCAGUGACCCUGGCCAGGGCAAGCUCCCCAGAGACGAGUUUUUGGUGAGCCCUCUACUUUUACCUCAGGAUGUCCAUGCAUACCGGCCCCAUGAAGUUGUUGACAAUCUGCCCGGUCGGGUCGGCCCUUUCAGAGAAGGGAGGCCUUACGGCUCCAGCAUGUUCACUGGGGUCAACUCCCCCAGCAAUUACCACCUCUACGGCCAAUUCCCUGUCCAGGGGUUCCCCUUCCCUCUCUGCAAGCUAACGGACACCAAAAGCACAUUCGCCGACUUCUCUAAGGUUGGGAUCCACCACAAGCAUUGUUCCCCACCGGACACAAGCAGUGCUAUGAGGGCAGAGUACAGCCGGGCAGUGAGUGGUGGCACAGGCACCAUCCACCACACAGCAGCCAGCUACGUGUCCUCCAGGGAGGCAGCGGCCAGGGACGACGACAUUAGGAAGGAGCAUCACGAGGGAGGGCACAGCCAUGCCAGUGGGUUUGGUGGUAACAGGAAGAGGGCAUUCGCCGGGGCCUUGGUCCACGAUCACCAAAAGGCGGUUCUGGGCAAGGAGCACGGGCCACAACCGACAGAGGACGACAUGAGCCACCAGCAUUAUCCUCUGGGGAUCUCCUCAGCUGGACGGAAGGGCCUGAUGAACAGCCCUCAGAGCCCGCUGAAAUCCGACUGCCAGCCCAACUCUCCCACAGAAUCCAGCAGCAGCAAGAACGCUGGCCUGUCCCUCUCUCAGGCUGGCCGGGGCGGCGUUCAGCCCCCACAGGGCAGCCAGGACCCCAAGGCUCGCAACUGGAAGAAGUACAAGUUCAUCGUGCUCAACCAGAGUACCACCAAGGAGGAGGACGUCGGGCUGCAGGAACCGGGACUCCGCUCCCCCCAGCGUCUCUGUCUGCCCGCCUUUCUCCAACCCUCUGACUCGGACCACCUGGACCCGCCGACUGGUGCCAAGAUCAACGAGCAUGGAGAGGACCUAGCGGUUCCGCAAGCCUCCCGCCUCAACAACAUAAUCAACAGAGCCCUGGAUGGAUCACAGAGGACGGCUGACAGCCACUCUGUCUACACCAGCCACUUGAAGUGCACCUCGUGUGGUUCCCAGUCUCCGCAGCACUCUGAGGUGUGUCCCGGCACCGCGGCCUCCCGUCUGGCUGAGGAGAUGGCAGAGCUACACUCGGAGUUCUCAGACUCCAGCUGUGAAAACGGGACGUUCUGUUGCAACGACUGCGACUCCAAGUUUGCGGACGACGAGGCCCUGAAGCGCCACGUCCUGCAGGUCCACGGUGACAAACCGUACAAGUGCGACCGUUGCCAGGCCGCGUUCCGCUACAAGGGCAACCUUGCCAGCCACAAGACCGUCCACACAGGCGAGAAGCCGUAUCGCUGCGACAUCUGUGGAGCUCAGUUCAACAGACCAGCUAACCUCAAAACCCACACCCGUAUCCACUCAGGAGAGAAGCCAUACAAGUGUGAGACGUGUGGCGCUCGGUUCGUGCAGGUUGCCCAUCUCCGUGCCCAUGUUUUGAUCCACACGGGGGAGAAGCCAUAUCCUUGCGAGAUCUGUGGGACGCGCUUCCGUCACCUACAGACACUGAAGAGUCACCUACGGAUACACACGGGAGAGAAGCCCUAUCAUUGUGAGAAAUGCAAUUUGCACUUUCGCCACAAGAGCCAGCUUCGAUUGCACCUUCGACAGAAGCACGGUGCCAUUACCAACACAAAGAUCCAGUACCGCAUGUCGCCGGUAGAGCUGCCAACUGACCUGACCAAGGCAUGCUGAACACAGACAGAUGGUGGGAGCAACCUUGACCAUGGCAUUCAAAGACCCCGACACGUACAAUCAUCUGGAAUUGUAGUGCCACACUGUGAUGAGGUGAUUUAAAUAUGGGCAGUGUAUGCCGGUCCUAACGGGUUUCCUCCAACAUGUGAACGAAGAACCUCCUACGAUCCAGAACCUCCUACAGUCUUAGUCACUUUGUUUCUAUGUAAACGUUUAUCUGUAGAAUUGUUGGACGUAUUUAUAAGCUUGAGGUAUAUAAAAGCUUUAUUUUGUUGAAAAAGGAAAAAAUGGAUGGAAUGUACAUUAAAUCCAGUUUUUAGGAUCCAGUAUUUUAUAUCAAAGAACUUAAUUUUCUGAAAGUACUGAAAUUUAAAUUGAAGUGUGGCACAGUAUAUUUUAAGGUAAACUGUAUUUCCUCUGGCUGUGUAAAAAAAAAAAAAAAAAAAAAAAAAUAAAUUGUCUAUACAUUUUAUAUCCAGAUCUACAUGUUACACCAUGUACUCCUGCCUCCUUAAGGUGAAAGGGAGGGGAAAUGUUUUUGAAUUGGGUUGUUUCUGAACUCCUAAGAAUGACUGCUGCUCUGAGACCGUAAUGAAAUGAUGCAUGACUUCUGUCCGUUACUGCUGUUGCCAAUAGUUAACAAUCAACAAAGCCGGCGUCAGCAAACAAAUAUUGUAACAUACGGUGUACUGAACUAGGGGGUUGUACUCUGCAGGCAGAGCCCAUCUAGACUUUAAUGUUAAUAUGCAUUUCAAGGUACUGCUUUGGUAUGACAAAGAUAUUUUGCUUCAUAUGUAUUUGUAUAGAUGUGAUUUCUUUUGUGGAGGUUUACAGUUGUCGUUGUGCUAGAAGCUAUUGUAGAACUUGUAUAAAUGUUCAGAUUUUGUUUGUACAUACACUGUGUACUCAAGGUGCCUUCUAUGAUAACUGAAUUUCUUUCCAUUCAACCUGGUUCUGUUAAAGGUACAACUCAAGGACAGCAUUUGUCCUGUUCAUUUUCUUUCAGGGGUGUGUGGGUUUUAUUUUUUUUACAAAUCUUACAACAUGCAAACUUUUCAUCGCUCCAGCUGUAUGUCUUCAGGACUUGUUUUUGGAUUGGGCUUUUUUAACUGCAUUCAACUUACUGUACAAAUAUAGAUGUAUGAAUGUAAAAUAAAGUUAUUAAAUUUC